AUGACAAAAAAACUCACUUAUUCAAGGAAGGACAAGGCACGGCCACGCAACAACAGAGAUACGACGCCAGAUGACGAGGAUGGCAGUCACAAGCGAAGGAAAACCGAUAGCCCUAGCGAGACCAGCAGUUUUGUUUCAGUACCCACAAUAUCAUCAACGGCCUCCAGCAUCCGAGCAAAAAGUUCUGCUAUAUUCAAGAAGACCUCCCAACUCUUCGGUGGACCCGUGUCUAUACCGCAGGACGAUGCGGAUGUCGAAGUCACGCCCAAGUCGCGCAAGUCGUUAUCAGGUCUAUUCGACAAAGCUUUGCAAGGGCGUGGGGAGCCUCGAAAACUCAAACAACCCGUCAUUCAUGGAAGUCGUGAUGAGUUUAUUGGCACGAUGCAAGUUAGGCAAAGGGAGGGACACAGCACACAGCCUAGCAGCAGCUACCUCCCGACACCACCCUCAGAGGUGCAAAGACUUCGCAGCAACGGCACGGGCAGCAGCAGCAACUCGAGUGCACUUGGUAUGAGACCAGAGUCGACCAAGACAUCUACUACAUACGAUGGCUCUUCAGAGGCAGCAGAGUUGUGCAGAAAGCGCAGCAAAAGUAGACCCCAAAGGCCGCCUUACAUACCCAAAAAUUAUGCAGCGGAGGCUACUCCACACUCAGGUAGAGAUUUGUUUGGUGACCGGCUGCCGCAGAAAUCAACAGAAGUUCAAUUAUGGGCCGUAAACCAAUCCAGGUCACUCUUUCUCCGUCUUCCAGAGAAAGUGCGUGCACGAGUAUACGAGUACGCCCUAGGCGGAAAAACCAUUACCAUUGGCUACGAAACCUUCCGUACGGUCGAGAGCGUCUCUGGAUCCGAUAGGGUUGUCCCGGUGUUUAGGUACUGCUGCGCCGUCUACAGCCAACGCGACGUCAACCCGUUCAAGAAGCAACUACCUUACAUCAACGUUUCUUACGGUUAUACCCCACUAAACAACAUCUGCCGGCAGCUCUACAACGAAACAGCAACAUUACCUUACACACUGAACACUCUCGCAUUCUCAACACACAACACCAUGUUAAAUUUUCUCUUUUUUGAACAGCGAUUGUCACGUGAACAGCGCGAUGCGAUCACCUCGGUCACGCUACAAGACGCGCUGCCAAUGGCGAAUCUGCUUACUUUCAUGCGAAACCUGCAGAAAGUGGUGCUUACCGACGACAUGCCAGGGAACUCGAAGGGUACUUACAAGGUCACUCGCGUCAAAGGUAAGACGCCGAAGAUGCUGAAUACUAGGCAUGUCUGGGGAGGGUAG